ACCACCACCACCCGGCCACACCUCUCUCAGACUCUCACCCUUUCUCUCCAUUCCCUCGCGAAUCAGAAAAAAAGCCGCGGGAGUUCGACGGAAAUCGCCGGCGAUGUCGUCGGUGACCACGAAGCUUUCCAGCGCCGCCAACUUCGCCUCGUCGGAAGCGCAGGCCCUCGUCGCUGAGAUGCGCAAGGCUCUCGGCAACAUGAAGUCCCUCGCCGUGGACUACGAGAGGGAUGGCAAGUCCGAUAAGGUGCAGAAGCUUGAGGAGAUGGUUCUGGAGAUGGUGGCUUCGUACGAGGACUGCACGGCCUUGACCCAGGCGAUUAAGGCGGUGCCUGAAGUGUACCAACCGUCUGAUCAGCCAACGGAUUUCAAAACAUUGAUCGAGUCAGAGGUUAACAAGAUCAAGGAAGCCUCAUCAGCAUCAGGGCAGAACAAUCCAAUGUUUCGACAGUUCAGGGAGUCUGUUUGGAAUGUUCACCACGCAGGUCAGCCAAUGCCUGGUGAGGAACAGGAGGACAUUGUCAUGACUAGCACCCAGAUGAGCAUCUUAAAUGUCACAUGUCCAUUAACUGGGAAGCCGGUUAUUGAGUUGGCAGAUCCAGUUCGCUGUGUGGAUUGCAGGCACAUAUAUGAAAAGGGCCCAGUAUUCCAUUAUAUAAGGUCCCAAAAACCACCACAGUGCCCUAUUGCAGGCUGUCCCAGAGUCCUACAAAUAGGGAAGGUUGUCUGUGAUCCCCUCCUCCUCAUUGAAAUCGACGAGCUGCGUUCAUCAGGGCCUGCUGCUCCAAAUGCCACAAACAUAGAUGACUUUACUGAUCUACUUGACGAAGAUGAUGAAUGAGGAGCGUCUGGUAAAAGAUGGCAGCAGCCAACAGUCAUUAUUGUGUAGGAGGAUAAUGUUUAGUAUCUUCAGGACAUACUGUCUUGUUCGGUGCUGUAGGACAGUGCUCUAGGAGGAUGGGUUUUAUUAUGUUCAGGACGCACUCUUUCUCUUGUUGGGUGCUGCAGGAGGAAGGGAGCAUGGGUUUUAGUAUGUUCAGGAUGCACUCUGUAUCUUGUUGGGUGCUGCAGCUGCAGGAGGAUUAGUAUGUUCAGGAUGCAUCCUUAGUCUUGUUGGGUGCUGCCCAUGACCUUGGUAUGCUUCAUAGAGAAUGAGAUUUUGAUGUUUGGUUGAACUAAUCUAACUGUGGAGAUACUAGGGGAUUCUUAUUGUGCCCUAUAUGGCAA